GGUAGUUCGUGGUGGGUAUUUUGAAGGCUGCGGUACGUUGCAUUUCUGUUACCUUAUAAUCUGUUAUCACAUCACAUUUUAUUUUCUUCUAGUUAGUGUAACAAAUGUCGUUAGCUGAUGAACUUUUGGCUGAUCUUGAAGGAGCAGAGACAUCUGAGGAAUUAAUUGCUGACUCAAGUCUUCAUGAACUAGAAGAUGUUACUUUAUCAAGUGUAAACAAGUUGGAUGAUUUUCUGUCAGAUGGAACCAGUUCGGGAGUUAAAAGUGCAUUUAAAGCAACUUCAUUUGCUGAUGCUCCAAUCAGUGCUUAUGCAAAAUUGAGAAAUAGUGAUAAGCUAACCAAAGUCAUGUCAGAUCUUGAUUAUUUUGCUAAUCAAAAGAAAAGUGAUCGAAUACAUGGGCCUGUUGAAGCUGAUCCCGAAUAUCAGUGUAUUGUUGAAGCUAACAAUCUUAUGGUGGAAAUAGAUAAUGAAAUCAGGAUUAGAAAUUGUCAAUCCACAAGCUGCAGAGAAACCAAUGGAAAUUGGGAAUAAGUAUUUCAGUAGCACAUGUGGUUUCAAAAAAAUUGAAGCAAAGAUGAAAAUUGAUGAUUCCAUGACAAAUGGAGUAUAAUAAUGAAAUAAGUUGGAGAGAAGCUUGUUUGAGACGGUUGCGAAAUCUCCCAAUGUGUGUGUACAAAGAAUUUAUUUUGUUGUUUUAAGUGCGCAUAUCAUCCACUUUCAAGCGGAAAAAAUAUUCUUGGAUUAAUAUCAGACAAAUUAAAACUGUUCAGCUUAACCCCCCUUUUUCUCACUUGUUCCCACAAAUUGUAUAAUAUAUAUCUUAUGUAAAAUAAAAUACAUAUCCUAUAUUUUAUAUCAGUCUUUCAAAA